AUGCGGUCUUUUCUCAUUCACUUGGCCUCUACGGUCUCCAUUGGAGCCUGUCUCUCCCUUCCUCCUUUGAUCCCCAGCAUUCCCGGGGUGACCGAAGUUUUGAACAACGUGGUUCCUCCUCUGCCUAUUUUACAGGUCCCCACCCCUGCUGAGGACAGCCCGCCAUUCACUCCAAGUGAUAUCAAGCCCAAGAAGAUUGGAUACUUCUGGACCGGUGCUGGAGACAAGAGACAUAAGGACUUCCUUGCCACCUACAGCUUGGACGAUGAUACAUUCGGAGAGCUCAUUUAUGUCACCGAUGUUCCCACCAGUGGCAACGAUCCUCACCACCUUGGUCCCUCCUUGGAUGGCAAGACCCUGGUCGGUGGUGGAUUGCUGUCCCUGUUGAAAACCCAGGACACCGCGUUCUACUUCGAUACCUCCAACCCCUAUCGCCCCAAGUUCAAAAAGAGCAACCGCGCUCUCCUGUCUUCUAUUGCCGAUGAGAUUCGUGCCAAACCCGAGGGGGGUUUCUACAUCACCUACAUGGGUUCAGCCCUGGGCACUGCGCCGGGUCGUCUCGUCGAGACCGACGAGGAGUUUAACAUCAUCCACGAGUGGCCCGAGGACGUCCCAGGGAUCCUGAACAUCCUGGAUGAACAGUUUUCCCCGCACGGGCUGACUAUCGAUUGGGAGAAGAAGCUGAUCCUGACGUCGGACUUUGUGGAGCCCAUCAGUAUUCUGAAGCCCAGCCCCCGAAUUCGUCGUGCACACACCCUGCGUCUUUGGGACCUGGACACCAUGAAGAUUACGAAUACUAUCCGAAUCCCAGACGGCGGCGGUAUCCAAGACGUCAAGUUCAUCCCCGGCAACAAGGAAUCGGCGGCCCUGGCGACUGCGGUGCAUCUCGGCCAGGUGUGGAUCAUCUACCCUCAUCGCAAGGAUGAGAACGGUAACCCAGGUGUGGCCGAGUUGCUGUUCGACCUGGGCGACAAGGCCCGCGACACCACCGCCAUCUAUACGGAUGUCACCCAGGACGGUCGCUUCUUCUACCUCACCCUCACCACCGCCAAUCACAUUGCCGCUCUCGACAUCAGCGACUUGUCGAACGUUAAGCGCCUGGACGACCCCGAUGAGGACCAGCCUACCAUCGGACCCCACUAUGUCAAGGUCACUCCCGACCAGAAGCACCUUGUCGUCACCGACUACUUCGUCCAGACGGGCGAUAUCGGCAUCAUCAACACCCCGGCUGAUUUCAAGGCCCUUUACAUUGACCUCAACGAGGACGGCAGCAUGAGCUUCAACCGCACCAUCGACUUCCAGAAGGAGUUCGCCAACCGCGGCGGUGCGAAGCCGCACUCCACUGUUGUCUUCGACCUUACCGACCCGGAGAACCCAGUGUACUAUUAG